AUGAAACUUUCAGUAAUGCGCAAGAUCAUUCCAAUGAUCUCAUCACUCUCAAGAUUUUACUUCCAAAAGGGCUUCAAAAGAUUUCGUUCUGUUGUUUUCCCAUCAGACUUUGAUUUAAGCUGUUCAUUUGAUCUGAUGACAGCAGGACUUUUGCGUGGAUAUGCUGAGUUGGUGUUGGAUAUUUAUUGUACUUUGUCUUUUACGUUAUUAUUCUCGAAAGGCCCCGAGAAUGAAUAG